UCAGUAAACAUCGUUCAAUGUACAUCUGAACAACGUUUAUUGGGCUUGUCGCCGCACUGAAAAUGUAAACGAAUUCUGUGGAGUAUGCAGACUACAUACAGACAGUUAAAAUGUGCCAUUUUCAAAAAACACAAAUUCUGUUCGACUCAAUAUUUCCGAAAGAGAUUUUUGAAUUAAAACCAAAUUAAAGACAACAUUUGACGACAUUUAAAUUAAAGACAACUUCAAUAAAUGCUUUCGUUUGCAUUUAAAAGUUCUUUUCCAACGCCAAGCGCUUAUGUUUGAAUUGUUUACGUUAACGUAUCAAUUGGUCUAUUUUUUUUUGUUCUUCAUGGAACCGUAGAAAGGAGGACUAAAAAACUUAAAAAUUUAUAACUGAUUGAAUAAAAAAUCAUUACAUUCAUAAUAAAUUCAUAGAUCGUUAAGAAAUUGAAUGGUACGAAAUGAAUGUCGUUCGUCCAGCCAAAUGAGGUGGUGUCAGCAAAGCCGAUAUAAGGUUGAAAGAGGAAAACAUUUAAACUUGAUGAUACUAAAUUAUAUGAGAAUGGGACGAGAAUUGUGUGUGUGAUAUAACUGACAUGUCGGAGCGCCGUUCUAUUUUCAUACUGUUUAUUGGGCUUAUGCUAUGCAUAUCAUUAUGGAUAUCGCUACAGGAUAUACAAGAAUUGCAUACAGAAUACACAUCUUAUGACCCGUUGGAAUUGCUGAAUAGUGUAAAUAAUAGCACAACGUCAUUGAACCUGAUAAGCAAUACAACAGCGUCAUCUGAAUGGGCGUUUAAAAAUGAUACAACCACGUUGAUCGACCUGAAAAAUUUCGAAUAUUUAAUUAAUCAAGCGCCUUGUAGUGAUGAUUUUAAAUGGCAUGGUGAUAUGAAUACGAUUAAUAAGUUACCAAUUGUACUGGUUUUAAUACAUUCAGCACCACGAAAUUGGCACAAAAGAAAUGUUAUACGCGAGACAUGGGGCUAUAAAGAUCGUAGAGCACGAAUAUUUUUUCUUUUGGGCGCUGUAAAAUCAACGCAAACUCAAAUACGACUUAAGCAGGAAAAUGAUAUGUUUCAAGAUUUGAUUCAGGGUAACUUUUUUGAUGCCUAUCGUAACAUGACAUACAAACAUACAAUGGCUCUAAAGUGGUUUGUUUACAAUUGUCCAAAACUGAAAUAUCUGAUUAAAACCGAUGACGAUGUGUUUGUCAAUACGCCGGCCGUAUACGAUUUACUUGAGGCGGGCUUCAACAACGAGAACUUAAUAUUUUGCUAUCGGAUUGAAGAUGCACGUAUCAAACGAACAUACAGAUCUAAAUGGCGGGUUAGCACCAAAGAGUUUUCUGGCCGAUACUAUCCAAACUAUUGUCCUGGAUUUUCGAUAAUUUAUUCAAGCGAUGUGGUUUUGCGAUUGUACAAAGAAGCGCAACAAACACCAUACUUUUGGAUCGAUGAUGUACAUAUUACAGGGACGUUGGCACAACAUUUGAAUCUCAACAUAACCACACUUGGAAAAUAUUACCUUAAUUCAAUCCAGCUCAAUGAUUUGAUUACUGACAAACUCCAUUUAUCCAGCAUCGAACCAAUGUUCUUAUUUGCAGAACCAAAUAUACACGAAGAGCAAAUUCGUGCGCUAUGGAAUACAGUGAACAACUCGUACAGAUAGUUUAAGACAGCAUGAAUUUAAUUUAAAAAAUAUUUUAAGCCAAAUACAAAUAUUGAAUGUAACAAAAAUAAUGUUAGCUAGAAUGAGCCCAUUUUUUGUUAUUUAAAAGAUGGGGUAAUCAAAACGUUGAAAGUGCUGUACUUAAAAACCGAUUUAUAUUCGUUAUUGUUCGUAGACUGAAAACUUAGCCGACUGCAAUGUAACAUUCCACUAUUUUUCUUUUAUUAAAAAAAAUAAAAUCAAUAAGGGAACGAUGUUACCUUGCUGUAAUGCACUCUCAUCUGGCUACAGUUUUUAGUAGGACCAAAAUGAAAUGUGGCCGCAGUAUGAUUUUGAAAAAGAAAAAGAAAUCUACUUACAAUGUGUCAAUUAUAUUAUGUUGACUGUUGAGUAGUUUUUGAAUGUAUUUUAAAAUUUAUGGUGACAUUUUAUGAAUCCAAGCCUUAUUUGUAACACACAUUUUGUGUAAAACAAAUUAGAAAUUGAUAGGUAUAAUACACAAUCAGAAUACGUGGUACACCGAAAAAAUACGGCCUUCAUUCUUUAAAGUACACAUAUAUAAGUGCGGUGUGUCUGUAAUUCUAAAAUGUCAUUGUGUUCAGUCCCUGCUGGUAACACACAAAUAUUUCGAUUCAAGAGAAAAAAAAGAAGCAUUUGCAAUAAACUAAAAUUAAUAAAUAUUUACUGAAUAGUAAUUACGCCUUUAAAAAUACGCCUCAUAACAUAGUAACAAAUAAGACAUAAGAUGAAAAACGACAUAAAUCAUAUUUAUAGGAUGUACUAAAAAAAUGUUGAAUAUUUUAAUAACAUUUCUCUUCUUUAUCUCAUGGUGAGCAAUACAGAAAAGAGAUUAUCCUGGUAACUUUUUUUCAAUUCAAUUGAGAGAUAAUGCAUAUGAUUUAGUUUUUUUUUUUGUAAAUUUUGGGCUGGUGCAUUUAUACAAACCGAAUUCGGAGAAUAUUUUUAUUUGUAGAAAAAAUGGAAAUCGUAUGACAUUCAAAUGAACUAAAUUUAAUUAUAAUGUUACAACUAUCCAAUAUGUUGACUUACUUCAAUUUAUUAGUCUGUUCAAGCCAAAUAAAAUGUAAAAUGUAUUUGAAAUUUAUUUCAACCAAAGUUCAAUGUCAAAUUGUACCUCAUAAUUGAUCACUAUAUUCAACAAGCGUCUGGAAUAUUACAAGGAAUAUAUCAAUCAAAUGCUAAAAGAAAUCUCUUAAAACUUGAUCAACAAAUAUUCCCUCUGCAAUAUAAUAAAAAAAAUCAUAAUUAAAUAAAAAUAUUUUUAAAAAAUACACAACGAAUAGAUGAUCAACAGAUGAUGAACAGAAAAUCAAAAUUGAGAAACAUUUGUACAAUGCUAUUUGAUUUCGGACGGAGAAUGAAAAUGAGAAUAGCCGUAAAUAAAACUUUGCCAAAGACGCACUAUAGCUAGAACCCACGUAAAAAUACGAAGAAUUUUAUCGCAUUAUUGUCUAUUCUCAAUGUCAACCAUUAGUUUGUUCGAGAACGAAUUGCAAUCUCAUUUUUUUUAAUUUGCUGACUUAAAUGUUGAUGUCAAUUAUACAUUUAAAUAAAUAUGGCAUACAUUUGAAUACUAAAUAAGCCAUAACUCACAUAUUAUAAUAUCAACAUCGCAAGUAAACAAAAACCUAGAUGAAAUGGAUGAGAACGUUCAAAAUUGACUGUGACUGUUAUAAUUAUGAAUUUACAUGUAAGCGAAUUAAGCAUUUCGAAGAAAAUGUUUGGUGAUAUAAUAAACUAAUAUAUAAAGCUACUCCGUAUUAUUACGUAUAUUGCAUACCAUAAAUUGAACACUUUAAUUGUAAUUCGAAUUUGAAUCAUGGGUGCAAUAUUUUUGCCACUUGAAACAUAAUAUGCAAGAAUUUCACAAAAAUGUCUAAAUUGACACAGUUGAGAAGUAUGUUUAUUUUCAAAUUGUAUUUCGUUAUUAUUGAGCUUAAUUUACUCGAAAAAAUAUAUAUCAAAUAAUAUGAAUAAAAAUGACAAAAUA